AUGUCAGCGAACUACCAGGGGAGACUCUCCAAGGCCCCAGUGGCCAUUCUAUGCUGCCAGCUUUGUAUCGUCAUGGUAGCGAUUGGUGCACCAUUUAUUGGUAUUCUUUUCUCCCUUCAAGAAGGGUACCUUUUUGUAUUCAACGAGCUCCCGGAACUUAUUAUAAAUGUUAUCAAGCCAUACAUUUCGACAACUGCAAUAAUGCAUGCCUCUCUGGCGUAUAUUUGCUUUACCGCCCCGAUUGAUGACUGCAAGUCUCAAACCGACUCAAACUGUGACCAGGAGAAGGCUAUUAUUCUCAACAUCAAGGAAUUCAUCACUCAGCGCCCAGAAAGAUGCGAAUCAUUUUCUACAGCAAUCCAUGAUGCUCUUAUGGACUCUGCGAAGCUUUGCCCGCCUGAUCGAACGAACACGGCCGACAGUCUCCUUGGUAAAGUACGAAAAUUCAAACCAGAGAUUACGAUUGAUGCCGGCACUAAGUUUUUACGAAAUACGGUCAUUCUUUUUCAGUCUCUGAACCGCAUUUUCCACUGGCCUACCUCCUUAGCAAUUACAGGUGGUACCGUGGUGGUUAUUAUUGGCUACCAGAUCAUCAUCCAGAGCCGUAUUGCGGACCAGGAUGCGGCUCUUUCAGACCUGAUAAAUACCAAGCUUAAGAAUGUCAAAAAAUUGAGAUCAAAGGCUAUAGAAUAUUUCAUGGGUACUGUCGAAAAUCUAGUUGGAACCACAGCAGUGUUAAACUUGUUUCGCACUCUUCGGGACGUGGGUUGCUUUCUCUUUUUCUACCUGCUUCUUCGACGAGUGGAUAAAGACAAAACUUCUGAGAUAUUCGCCAUCUACAGAUAUUUUUCAUCCAUCCGUGAAGCUGUCGACAAAUUAGGGUCAUGUUACGUCCAAACAGCCCUAAUUUUGCAGAAGAGCAGCACGAGAAUUGCCCAGCUAGCACUUCAACUUCGCUGGGAUGUAGCACAUACGAAUUAUAGAGAAGAAAAGUAUUUCCAGACUGUAUAUACGACUAUCUCGGAUAUUGCUAUUGCAGACAGAAAAGAUGAAGCCAUCCGUGAGCAGAAUAAACUGCUGAACGGGUCUGAAGUGAACUAUGGGUCGGGAAUGAACAUGGACUUCUUGACACAUUUGGAUAUUGAGCUGGGCAUGAUCCGGUAUAAUAUUGAAUAUAACAGUUUGUAA